UUUCCAUAGCAAUGUUAAGACGGCACUGUAUGUAUUCAUUGCAUGUAGCUUAUGAUAUUUUUUGUUUUUUUAUAUUAGGAAUUAUGCAGCAUUUGAAAGUAGUAGCAGUUAAUACUACCCCACUUUUUGAAAUGAAGAAAAGAGAAGAUGGUACUCUUGAAGCAACAGGCGGAGCUGACCAACUCAUACUUAAAGUAUUAUCUGAUUAUCUUCCUUUCAGCUAUGAUCUUAUAAACCGUGAAGAUUAUUUAUGGGGAAAUUUGGACGACACCGGAAACUGGACGGGAAUGAUCGGCAUGAUGUGUAGGAAAGAAAUGGAUAUGGCGCUAGGAUGGGUUGCAACAACGUAUGCUCGUCACCAAGUGGUUGACUUUUCAUUUCCUUACCUUGUGGAUGCAAAUAUCUUCGUCACUGCUUCUCCCCAACUUCUGCAGAAGGAUUUCGCUUUUGUUGACCCUUUUCAAACCAUGGUGUGGGCCUUGCUGUUAUUUUCGAUACCUCUCUCGUCCAUUACAUUGACAUUACUGACUGAGUACGGUGUACUGUCAAAUCGGAAGGAAAGAAAUUUCUGGAAAACCUGGUUGAAAGAAACAGAAACACUUCUUAUAAUGUUUUUAAGCCAAGGGUCCUAUAGAUUGUACAGAAAUCGAAUUGUUCGUUUUUUCCUUACUAUCUGGUCCAUCUGUAAACUAAUUCUGGUUUUUAGCUAUACAAGCACUCUUCUGUCUUUCCUUAUGGUUCCCGCCGUAGAAAGACCAUUGAGAACAGUUCAAGAGUUGAGAGAUGCUGUAGUUAGUGGUAGAUAUCAAUUUGCUGUUUUUAAAGGAACAUCUCAUGUCGAAACCUUAAUGGAAUCGCGCAGUGGUAUUAUAAAAGAUUUGGCUGAUCACAUUCGACAGCAUCCGGAAAAUAUGCUGAAUUCUCAUGGCGAAAGCGUGUAUCGGAUGCAGAGGGAGAAACUGGCUGUCCUGAACAUGAGACUACAUUUUCUGUAUUCUGCCAGUGCCAUAGGAUUGGAUUUGUUUCAUAUGUCUUCUGAUAAUAUCGGAUUCAACAUUGUCGGUGUACCUUUCAGAAAAGGAUUUCCUUACAUGGAACGCGUGAAUAUGAUCAUUCAUCGAAUGGCUGCUGCCGGCAUCUAUAUGAAGCAAAUAAAUGAGAUCAAUUACUACCAGAAGCUCAAAGCUCCAGUACCUCCAACUAAGAACAAUAAACGCCCUCUCUCUCUUCAAGAUAUCUGGACAUCUGUUCAAAUAUUAAUUGUUGGCCACCUGGUAUCUCUAAUAUGUUUAAUUGCUGAAAUUGGUUAUCACAAACUGAGAAAUCGGAAUCCCAAUAUUUGAGUUUAAAAAAAGCGGCUUUUGAUUCAGUUUUUUAAUUCAUAAAGUAAUUUAUUUAAUAUUUUAUAGUUUCAGAGAUUAGCUUAAUCAAUAAAUUUUUAACCGCUAUUUUAACGUAAUAAUACAUUUAGUUACCCUACAUCUCAAUAACUAGAUGUGUACUAAAGCGAUAUGAUACUGAAGAUUCAUAAAAUCUUAGCUUAAAGGAUUGCUAAGCAUAAAGUAACCUCUUCCGAAUGAAUUAUGUUUUACAUUUUAAAACCUUAACAGAAGUUAACUGUAUUUUAACUUUGUAAAAUGAAUGUUUCUAUUUUAUUUUAUACAUAUAAUAAACUCGGUAUUGGUUCAUUUAAAAAAAUAAUCGAAACU